UUUGUCAGAGUAAAUGUGCUCUUUUAUGAUGUCCUGUAGAGCUGAUGUGGUUAGACAGACAGAAAGCGGAAGGAAGUGUUAAUUUUAGUUACUGAUGCUGUUCACUACAGAAGUAAACGACAGUAACGUUUGUCACACAGAAUUUGGUCUUUUAUUUAAGAGAAACUCUUGUCAAAGUUCAUCAUGUGGGACGUUCUGCUGCUCUUUUCCAGCAUCUGUACAGCUGUUGUUGUAGGAGCUCCAGAUACAGUUAAAGGACACAGAGGAGAGAGAGUUGAGAUCAGAUGCUCAUAUGAAUCUAGAUAUGAAUCAAAUUCAAAGUAUUUUUGUAAAGGCGAGUGCAUCAUUGUAUUUAAAAACAUCAUGGUUGAAUCAGGAUCUGCAGCUAAAGACGAGAGAUUCUCUCUGACUGACGACACGACGAACAGAGUUUUCACCGUCACCAUCACUGAUCUGAGAACAGAGGAUGAAGGACAAUACUGGUGUGCUGUGAAGAGGACUUUAACUUCUGAUGUCUAUUCAGAGAUUUUGUUGCUGGUUAAACAGGAUAAAAAGACCACUGAGGUUUCAACCAUCAGCCCUUUUUCAAAAACUUCAUCAUCAUAUUUCAGUACAACAGAACUGAAUCCAUAUACAGGUCACGCCCCACAUUCAGGGUUUGUCAUCUACGUCAGUGCUGGAUUAGUCAUCAUGGUGAUCAUCUUCCUCAUGACACUGAUGGUCUGGUGUAGGAAGAGAAGCAAGAAACCACCAAGAGAUACACAAACAGGACUUUCACACCAAGUGUCUGUUGGGCUUUUGCCUUUAAAUACAAGAGCAGAAAUCACUGCAGAGGACAUUGACUGGAACGACCAUAAUUAUCAGGAAAUCAGCGAGUUUCAGUGCAAGAACAGUCAAACCACCACUACUAUCUACUCAACAGCAGAAAGUCCAGAUGAUCCAAUGAUCUACUCCACUGCAGAAGAACCAGAAGAUCCAAUGAUCUACUCCACUGCAGAUAAACCAGAUGAUACAACGAUCUGCAGAUAAACCCAAGUGUGUCCGACUGUGUCCUGCAGUACUACAAAUCAUACAGAUUAUACCCUCUACCCUCUAGUUAUGCUCCCUACAAUGAAUCUGCAAUCCAGGAUGUCAUCAGAGUCCCUCCCUAUGGAAUCGUUGAUGAUGUCCUGCUGUGUUUUUUUUUUUUUUUCCCUAAACCAGUUCAGCGGAAAUCCCGCUCUGGAGCCUAUUCUAAGGAUUUCAUUGGCCAUGUCAAUCACACUAACGAUUGCCUACACCAAACACUGAUCCCUAAACCAACCCAUCACUGUAACCUCAGCAAAUGAAAGUGGUUGCAGGGCGGGAUUUCCGCUGAACUGGUUUGGGGGAAAAAAUCACGCUGUCACUACUGCACUUCUUCUACUUCAGUUUCCUUGAUUUUUAAGCUUCACUAUUGCCACCUGGUGAUAAGGCAUAUAGCUCAUAUACAGUUGCAAUCAAAAUUAUUCAGCCCCCCCUAUCCUGCAAGACAUUUUGCUGCUGAGAACAAAAUUUUAUGUAAACAAUUCAUCAAAGGCAUCAGUAAACCAUUAUUCAAAGUUUAUUAAUACACAUUUGAGUGAUUCCGAGAAUGUAAAGUUGAUGAAAAAUGAAAAUAAUCAAACUGUCUCUAAACAUACAUGUACAAAAUUAUUCAACCCCCAAAAGUCAAAUGUUGUGCAGAAUCUUUUACUCUUUAUAACCUCCAAUAAACACUGUCUGUAAGUGCUCAGAAGCUUCUGUCACCUCUCUACUGCAAUCUUGGCCCAUUCCUCACUUGAAAAAGCUUCCAGAUCACUGAUAGUCUUUGGUGUCCAUGUUACCACUGCUUUCUACAAAUUCCACCAAAUAUUUUCAAUGAGAUUUCAAUCUGAAGACUGUACAGGCCACUCAAGAACAUUCUACAACUGAUCCCUGAACCAAGCUUUAGUAGAUUUGGAUGUAUACUUUGGGACGUCUGUCCUGCGGGAAAGUCCAUUGAUCAUCAAGCUUCAGUCUCUGCACUGAAGGCAUCACCAUCUUUGCCAAAAUGGCUUAAUUGCUGCUCAAAAUGAACUCUCAAUGUGUCUGUUACUCACACCCUGACGAAGGCGAAACCAGCCGCAACGCGUAGGUGUACAGUCUGUGUACGUGUCACCUGUUUUUAAGAUUCUGCCAAGAUGAAAUAAAGGCUUUUUAAAA